AAAACCUUCGGAAUUUAGAAUUAUACGUUGAAUUUCCAGUAAAAUUUGCUACCCUGAACAUUGCAAUAGUUAGUUCACAUCCUUAUGCUUUACGCCAUAGUUGACGAGAUCCAAUUUCAGCGAGCUCUGCACUUUCUCUCUCCUCAUUCUUCGGAUCCCAAUUUCUCCAUCAAUUUGAUUAAUCUCAUCGCCUUUUCCCUCCAAUUUCUCCAUCAAUUAUUCACCGCCGAUCAUCGCAUUUCGGCUUGAUAGUGGCCCUGAUUUCUAAUCGUUGAUUGAUUGACUGAAAGAUUUUAGGGGUUGGAGUGGUUUAGGUGCAAUUGCACUGUAAAAAACUGCUGAAAUCUAUCUAUGUUUGGGGGACUGGUGAAUACUAAUAGUCCCCAUCUCCGGAAAUCUGGCAGUAGACCUGUUAUUGGCGAAUUGGGUGAAAGCAGUGAAGAAGCUCUUCUGCAUUCAUCUGCGUCUAAUGACAUGAAGGGUAUAAGUUUAACGUCCCCGCUAAGUAGCGCUGUGAUCAUGCCAUCACCCACUUUCUUGUGGAGAUUUAAGAUUGAUUUACAGGUACUGCUGUUUUUCGUCUGGGGGUUCUGCUGUUGCAAGAUUGGAUGGCAUUCUGUAAUGCGAAUGAGCGCUGAUCUGAGAGAUCUCUUCUUGUAUGAAGCAUUUUUAUACUACAAUCCUCUUCUGCUCGUGACUUUGAUGGUUUGGCUUUGGGGAAUAAAUUUAUGGGUCUUUUCUCAGGCUAAUGCCAAUUAUGCUAAAAUAUUUGACGUUGAUCAAAAUCAUCUUACUCACAGAGAAAUAUGGAAGUGUGCUACCUGGAUGACCAUCAUAGUUCCAACCAGCAUGACAGCAUACCUUUAUCUUUAUUCAGAUGGAGAAGUGUCAUUAGCAGCAUCUCAACCAGUUCUUUUGUACAUUGCAGCUCUUAUGCUUUUGAUAUCCCCCUUUGAUAUUUUUUACUUAUCGUCGAGGUACUACCUGCUGAGAACUCUUUGGAGGAUAGUUCUUCCCCUGCAGGCGAUCACAUUUUCGGACUUCUUCUUGGCUGAUAUCUUGACGUCCAUGUCCAAGGUGUUGUCAGACUUGGAGCGUUCAGUCUGCCGCAUGGUCCAUCGUCAGGUUGCUACUAUUGCAUGGUUUGAAGCUGAUUCUGUAUGUGGCAGUCACUCUGUUGCUAUUCCAGUGGUUCUUGUUCUACCAUAUAUUUUUCGGCUAUUUCAAUGUCUUCGGCAAUACAAGGACACUGGAGAGAAAUCAAGUCUCUUGAAUGCUCUAAAAUACUCCACAGCAGUACCUGUUAUCUUCCUUUCAGCGCUCAAAUAUCAUGUGUUCCCAGAUAAGUGGACAAACAUAUAUCGGCCACUGUGGUUGAUGUCAAGUGUUUUGAAUUCGACGUAUUCCUUCUAUUGGGAUAUCACUCGAGAUUGGGAUAUGAGUUGUUUCACUCGGAUUUUCAAGUUUGGAAGACCUAACAUAUGCUCAUACCUACUGCAUGGACGGACAUGGGUUUAUUGCUGGGUGAUUGGAAGCAAUUUGAUAAUGCGAUGUACUUGGACGUACAAGCUUUCUGCCCAUCUCCGACAUAAUUACCUUACCGUUUUUGCCAUAACGGCUUUGGAGAUCUUCCGUCGUUUUCAAUGGGUUUUCUUCCGCGUUGAAAAUGAGUGGAACAAAAUGAGCGCAAAGUCACAUAUUCAGUUAUCAGAGAACGACGAUCCAACCGAGGAUUCUAAAUUACUUGACUCAGGGAACUAUAGUGUAUGAAAUACUCCGUAAGCGGACAGAGAUUUUGCUUAUGAAUAGUCAUGUGUAUUCAUCUGAAAUUUUGACCCAUUCUUUAUAAAAAUGAGAAUAUUUCAUGCAUAUGAGCAAACGAAGAGCAACAUUUGGUUUUAAGAA